AUGUUGCCCCUCACUUUCCUUUCAUUACUGCAAUGGAUAUCGUGUGAGGUGGCCAAUUACGGUACUGUUCCGAAAGGUCUCAACCCAACACUUUAUUCACCAGAUGAUCUAGUUAUACAACUCGAUGACAACACAUUUAAUGACACGAUAUUCUGCCACAACGGCAAGUGCACCUCAUAUCUUGUAGAGUUUUAUUCUGAUUGGUGUGGACACUGCCGAUCAUUUGCACCACUUUACAAAGAACUGGCAAGAGAUGUUCGCGGAUGGCAGGAUGUAGUGAAGAUUGCAGCUAUCAACUGCGCCGAUUCCUUAAACCAAAACACCUGCCAGAGUAACAACGUGCAGUUUUUUCCUUUUAUAAAGUAUUUCCCUCGAAACUCUAGUGAUGCAUUUUCCGGAUCGAAACUUCGUCCAUAUCAGUCUUUGUCUGAAAUGAGGGAUCAAUUGACCAAGGUAGUUAUGGACGAUUACGCUGUCAACUGUUUCAGCGACUGGCCUAAAUUCGAUUUUCUGGGAGACUUCGCUACGUGGACAGAUCUGUGGGAAGGUACUGCAGCUAGCACUCAAUACACUGCUAUUGUCUUUGAGAACCAUCAAGCUAGCCUUACAGGCGCUCAGUUGCUACUGGAUCUACACAAAAAGCGAGAUCGCCUUCUGGUUCGACGAUGCUUGAAGAACCACCCUCUGGCUGACGCUCUUCGACUCACCGACUUCCCUUCAUUGGCAAUAUUCAAGCGGGCCAAUAAGAAGCCUAUCUUAGUGGUGGAACUCCGUCGGCUCCUGCUGGCAGAGCUAGAAGGGUUCCUAUCGAAUGCCGAUUCAGACCAGCGAUCGGCUCAAUUCUAUAGCCGCAAAAACAAAACGAGCCCAUGUAAUGCAGAUCCAGAGAAGUAA